UGAUCCCUAGAUCCCUGGUCUAUCAAUCGAUGUAGUUUAGUUCAACUUCCAAGGUUACCUAUCUCACGGUGUUAUUACCUAGUACUUAUCCUUCAACCCCCUAUCGAAAUUUCCGGCCCCUGGUCCAACUCCAUACUUACUAGUCCACCUUUCUCGUUUCGGCCGCCUCGAUUCUCCUCCACUUGUGUUAAAGAAAGUUAUUCUGUGUUAUGCGCCUUGUUCGCGACACCACUUUCCAGCAGCGCGUGUAAAUUAUUCCUUCAGCGUCUUUGCAUGGUGCUGUCUCAAUGUCGAACCAGACUGCCGGCCCUUUGAUUUGGCUCUGGUUCUGGUUCCGGACGGUCCUUCCGAUCCUUCCUGUAUAUCGACUUCCGAUAAGCGCAUUGUAAUUCCGACAAGGCAACCUGAAAAGUAGGAAAAGAAAAAAAACGAAUCUAAAAUUUGGCCAGCGCAAUACUUUAGAAUUUCUUAAGCCAGCCGUCGCCAAAACCGGCAUUGCAAUAGAAAGAUGUCGCUCAAUGGUUUGGAUGACCCGAAGGUUAAAGAAGCCCACGAAGCGGCUGCGGCAGAGCCCGGAGGAUGGUUCCUACUCAAAUACUCCAACCGGGACGAGGUCGAGCUGUACGAACGUGGAAGUGGCGGCAUCGUAGAUAUCAGGGGUGCAGUUGCGAAUUAUGGGGAGAAUUCGCCGUUAUUUGGUCUUCUUAGAUACAGACGGAGGAACAUUUUGGUGAAGUACCAGCCGGAAGAUUGCUCAAGGCUUGUCCAAGCUCGAGCGGCGGUGCAUUUCAAUGCAGUUCGUGAACGGUUUUCGCCAUAUGAUACCACCUUUGAGAUUUCAGUAGCCAAAGACUUAAAAGAUAGUAAACUUUCGGCAGCAUGCUCGCUACAUGCUGCCUCAGGUUCGGCAUCAUCUUCUACGAGUUCUUUGCGCCGGCGUAGAUUGAAUGAGAUUGCCGAGGAGGAGGAGGAAGAGGAAAGAGAGAGAAAAAGACAAUCCACAGUUAAAGAAGAGGACAGACGGACUUCUUCUAUAUACUCAACUACGCCGUCGUCGCCGGAACGGCCUGCAGUAUUGGAUCGUGAACAAAUUUCUUCCCCACAAGAAACCACGUUUGCCUCGACAACCGACGUGCCUGAAUUUACAGGAAUCGAUAGGCCAACAUCUUCUGCACAAUCCGAGGCUGCCCCACGUACAUCUUCUCAGUCCACGCGUCCUGAAUUAUAUAGCUACGCGACUUACACGUACGGUAAACCCAAAGUGAAGCUUGGUCCACGGCCAUCUUUGGAUACUAAUAAACGACCUUCAACCGCGGGAAACUUUCGUCCAAUUGCGGCCUUGCCAGCCGGGUUUAAAUUUCACAAAGCAACCAAGAAAGGACAUCCUCCAGGUUCGGAACACGCCGAGAAGGUGGAAGAAAGUAUCGAUACCGGCCAUAAAACGCCCUUCGCUAUCCCCGAAAUUCCACACGAUUCUGACCAUCAGCUUCCGCCACGGCCCGCGACAAGUUCAGGCGCAUCUGUAAAGGGAGCCAUGAAUCCAUCCAUAGCGUCUUUAUCGGCGAAGGAAGCCAAGGUGACGCCCGAAAAGGCAAGGCUAAUGAAGGCCAUGAAAUUAAGGGAAAAGAAAAAGAUGAUGGGCUCCACGCCUUUGGCACAGGAUGUCGCCUCAGUAACCCCACCACAGCGCCACGAGGAAGACGAUAACGCCGAAUCCAGCGAUCCUAUACAUACCAAUCACAAUGACAACCAGCGUUCCGUAUCACAUGCAGAUUCUGGUAUUGCUAUUGACCCUCCCACGCCGAUGAUAGCGAAUAUCGAGGACAACAUAUCAGACUCGCACCCAAAUUCUCCGACGGCUGCAACAUCGUCAUCAGAAAUAGGUGCAUCUACAAAAGCUUCAUCGUUGUCUGAAUCAACAGAUGAGACAGUCCAUGUGACGAAAGAUGCACUUGAGAACGAUAAUGAUGACGAGGAUGAGGAUGAAGCAAUACCAGCAAACAUGGGUGAAUCGGAACACAAUGGAGAAUCUCGAUCUGAUUCGAAGGAUAGUGAUGUCUCGGGUGUGAGAAAUAUGAAAGUUGGUGAGGAAUCUGGUAAAAUUCCAAAGCCCAGCCACCCUCCACAAUCAACAGAACCAGCCAUCCGAAGAUCCAUAGAAGUGGAUGAUCCCCCUGAAAAUACUCCACAGGUACCCAGAUUAGGCGGUGAGCAAAUUCCGAGUGAAAGGGACACGCCAAAAUCACCUUGGGGGCUACCAGUCUCGAAGUUCUCAUCCAAUGAAACCAAAUCCUCAACCUCCCCUAAAUCACAGGCAAUUCCCAGCCUCAAGUCGAAGUUCUCCAUACCUAACCUUGUUAUUCCUUCCGCACCCGUUCUAGUUCUACCAGAUGCAUCGUUAGCGUCUUCCAUAGAAGACCGCGAUACGACCAGAGGUGAAUCAUCCCCCAAAAUAGGCCCUGAGAUUCGCCUUCCUGCACAGCAGACUGCUACGCGAAAGGGCCUUGUCGGAACUCGAUCCGAAUUUGGGAAGACGACACCUCGUUCUGAAGUAUCCGAUCCUCUUCUCGAUGAUGAACUGAUGGACGAGCUGCAGUCGGCAACUGUGGAAGAGGCCAAGCCUAUGCUUGUAUCCAAGUCUCCCAUAACUCCCGUCUUUCCUAACUCAGGUCCCCUUAAGCCAUCCCCGCCGCUCUCCCGAGCGGUCUCGAACCCAAUGCGUUCAAGUUUCCUGGCCCCCAGUGACGUGUCCGAGAGUAGCGCCAGAAGUGUUUCGGCAGGUGGUGCCGCGUUCCUGCAUAACAUCACAAAACAAACAUCUAAUGCUGGUUUACAGGCUAAGAAGAGUAAUAUCGGAUCGAGUAUCUCGCAACGAAUCAAGGCUCUAGAGAAAUUUUCGACAACUCCCGGUGCCGAAGAUGCCCGCCCGAAAACCGCUGCCCCUUCCUCGACCUUCUUUGGUAUUAGAAGGCAAAGCAUUCGAGAUCCUGGAGGAGCGCCUUCCGUAUUAGAACGUACGGGUUCCAUGCGGAAUGGACCUACGCCCGACCAGACUAGGGAUGGAGCACUCGAGACUCUAAGCGCGGGGGGGCGUGGGAGGUCGCGUUCUGUCGCCAACAGACUGUCUAUGUUUGAGAUGCCAUCGCAGAGUGCAAUUCGUGGACAGGCCGAAUCAAUCCAAGUCACUGCGAGGAUCGUACGAGACCCUAAACAAAGCCUGCCGACGAAGUCCGAUGCCAAUACCAGCCAGGGAGAUAUCGACUUGAAGCAAUCACCGUUGGUUGUCGAUGUGCAUAGGGGAGAACAGUCGCAGCCACUGGAGAAAAUUCCAUCGGUUGAAGUCUCUCAGGACUCAAUUCAGGAUAGGCGUGAUAAAAAGACGGAUGGUGACGAGGGCGAGAAGAAGAACCGACGAACUUCCUUGAGCAUAGUUAAGGGUUUUAUCAAGGACCGUCGUACAUCCAUUGCUAGCAAGUCAACUGAUAAUCUGGCCCUGAUAUCCCCCAACGGAGCGAAGUCUCCCAAUAGACCCCCUUCGGCACACCAGAAUGCUGUCGCUUUCGCACGCCGCCUAUCAGUUUCCAGCCGUCGUUCGUCUGUGAGUCGCGAGCGAGACAAUGCGGGAUCUCUUCCAUCGCCUGCAGUUCUCAGUGAUAGUGGCUGCAGCGAGGAUGACAAGGCAAGUGAGAAGAAGUCUACAAACCGAGCGUCUCGAUUUAUGAGGCGUUUAUCGAACUCGCUCGCUAGUGGUGCUCGCAAGAAUUCAAGCCCCAGCAUUUCCCCCACCGUGGCCGAAGAAGAGGUCGACCAGGUUGCUGCAGCCACAGUACCGGAGAUCUCUCUCUCUACGUCGUCCCAGCCAGCUAUUGUGGCGUAUAUGGGUGAUGUCAACGUGCAAUUCCCUGACAAUCUGUUGUGGAAACGCCGCAGCAUGAGUUUGGAUACUCAAGGAUUCCUUUUCUUGAGUGCCAUUCAAGGGAGAGAUAAGGCAGUCGGAGCCGGUAUGAAGCGAUAUCAUCUCAGUGAUUUCCGCUUACCGUACAUCCCCGACGUUGAAAUCCAGGAACUACCCAACAGUGUCGUUUUGGAUCUCGUAGAAGGCUCUUGCUUGCAAAUUGCCUGUGAGGACCGGGCUGGUCAGCUAAACAUGCUGCAAACUCUUCAAGAUGCGCACCGAACUCACAAUUCUUUCGGGCAAUAGGCUUUGGAGGUCUUUUGUCUAUUUAUUACACUUAAAAACAAAACUUCCAAAGGCCCGAAAAUUUCCUUGAUUACGACAGAUACCCAAGACUCUUUUCACCAUUAUGCCAACAAAACACAUUCUCUGCAUUUCCUUUUGUGCUCUCAGAUUCUUACAGUCUGACGACCUUUUCUAUUCUGGCCGUAGUUGCCAUAACUAUUUCAACCUUUAAUUGAGUCUUGUACGGCUUAGGAAAAGGCGUACACUUGCUUGAGGAGCUUCUUCUAAAAUCUUGUACUUUUUGAAGAUUUCUUUUUCUGCCCACUACCGUGUGUGGGGGGGUAACUAGAGGGGUGUGGUGAGGAGGUCUAUUGUGUUAUCCUAUAUCUCGCCAAUAAUGAAGAGGCGGCGAUGCUUCCUAUUCUAAAGUCCUAAGACUAAAAGGAAGUUUACGGAACACAAUGGACCGAAACUGUAUGUAAAAAUGAGUGAGUGGUAUCUACUAGAAUAAUGUAUAUAUCAAUAGCAUUCACAUACAUCAUAGGAGCAUACCACGUGUGUGCCUACCCUAGGAACCUACCUACCUACCUAUCUGGGCCUAGGUAGUUAUCUGAUUAUCGUGACCAAGCUCGUACUGAGACCACUUGAUACGGGUCAUUUUAUCUGAUCCAUGGGUGGCAAUUGUGAAUCACCCAUAGUUGUUCUCAUAGUUGUUCUCAUAGUUGUUCUCAUAGUUG